GAAGAAGAGAAGAGAGAGAAUUUACGCGUUUGUUAGACUCAAUCAGAAAAAAAGUUCAGAGAAGAAGAAAAUAAAUGGCGACACAAAUGCAAGAUCCCAAUGCACCUUCUUCCAACGUCUUCAUCCGCGGCAGCGUCAACGGCGUCUCCACCACCGCCACCGUCGCCGGCGAACCCCACUCUCACCACCGUCGCGCCCACUCCGAAAUCAACUACCGUCUCCCCGACGACAUUAUGGACCUCUCCCCUUCCGAUCCCUUAACCGGCGGCGGAUCCUCCACCGCCAGCCUCGACGAGAUCGGAUCCGAAGACGAUCUCUUCUUCACCUACAUUGACGUCGAGAAGCUCGGAGGAGUUACAAACGGUUCGAAUACGAAUCAGACCGGUUACGGAAAUUGCGCCGGUGCCGGAGCCGGAGCCGGCUCCGGAACGAGUGGUAAUAAUGAUGGAGAGAAGAGUGGGAACGAUGCUACGACGCCGAGAACGAGGCAUAGACAUAGUUGUUCGGUUGAUGGAUCAACGUCGACGACGAAUAUGUUUGGAGAGAUCAUGGAUGCGAAGAAAGCUAUGCCUCCUGAUAAACUCGCUGAGCUUUGGACUAUUGAUCCAAAACGUGCUAAGAGAAUACUUGCAAACCGGCAAUCUGCUGCACGUUCAAAGGAGAGAAAGGCCCGCUAUAUUCAAGAGCUUGAGCGCAAGGUUCAGACCCUUCAAACAGAGGCUACAACUCUCUCCGCCCAAUUGACAUUAUACCAGAGGGACACAAAUGGUCUGAGUACUGAAAAUACCGAGCUCAAGCUCCGUCUGCAAUCCAUGGAACAACAGGCACACCUUCGAGAUGCUCUUAAUGAUGCGUUGAUGAAGGAAGUUGAUAGGCUUAAGAUUGCUACCGGGGAGGCAAUGAACCCCUCUGAAUCUUAUAAUAUGGGAAUGCACCAGCUGCAAUUUGCAGGGUCAAAUUUCUUUUCAAUGCCACAACAUUCAGGUCCUUCGGGUCACCAGAACAUACAAUUUCCCCAAUUUGGUCACUCCCCAUCUGACAUGCCAAAUUAUCAGUUGCAACAAACCAAUUCUCACCAAAUCUCAGAUAUGUUGCAAAAUGAUCAGCUCGGUCGUUUGCAGGGGCUUGACAUCAGUAGCAAAGGAUCAACCCUCGUGAAAUCUGAAGCCCCCUCAAUCUCUGCAAGUGAGAGUAGCACUACAUUUUGAAUAUAACCUAAACUCCUUGACCUACUGACUUAUUUAUGGUGCUCCAUUAUCUUCAAUUGUCUAUAGUGUUGACAUGUAGUCAUCUAAUGAAGGUUCUAUGUUUCAUUAAAUAUUCCAUUUAGAUUAAGAAAUGAUUCUUGAUUGUUUAUUCUUAGGGAUAUGCUCCCCAGAUAGGGGAAGCACCCUCGUGGUUUUGUCGCAAAAAGUCCGCGCAAUCAUAUUGAAGCGUGGCGUUUUGGUGUUGUGGGUUUUGAAAAAUUCAGAAUGAAAGGUCAUUCACUUUGUACCUUUGUAUGUUGGGAUGCUUUUUGAUCCCUCUUUGGUCAUGUGUAUCAUCAUUUACAUGAUACAAAUAUGUAAACUAUGAUUUGUUGUAUUGUUCCAAUUGAAGGACAUGUAAGAUGAAUUAUCCAAAACAGAAAAGGAUCUGUAAAAUGUACUUUUAGUAA